CCUGGAGCCGCCGCCGUCGCGGCCGCAGGUCCCGGAUGUAGCAGCGGGAGCGGGGCUGGCGGUGGGAGGCACCGCUGGGGCCGCGGAAUGGGCGCGUAGCGAGCGAGCGAGGAAGGAAGGGAGGAAGGGAGGGAGCGAGCGAGCGAGCGAGGGAGGGAGGUAAGGAGGAGAAGAAGAGCCGGACGGAGAUUCCCGCCCGGCGCCCGAGGCAGCCGCCCCCAUCGAGGUCUCUCUCCGCCGCCUGCGGGCUGCGCGCCCCCUCCAUCCGCCUCAGGGCGCCGCCGCCGGGAUGAGCAGCUCGCGGAACAACCGGGUGAUGGUGGAAGGAGUCGGGGCCCGGGUGGUCCGCGGCCCGGACUGGAAGUGGGGGAAGCAGGAUGGCGGCGAGGGCCAUGUGGGUACCGUACGCAGCUUCGAGAGCCCCGAGGAGGUGGUCGUGGUGUGGGACAACGGCACCGCCGCCAACUACCGCUGCUCCGGGGCCUACGACCUCCGCAUCCUCGACAGCGCGCCCACCGGUAUCAAGCAUGAUGGGACUAUGUGUGAUACUUGUCGACAGCAGCCUAUCAUUGGCAUCCGAUGGAAAUGUGCUGAAUGCACGAAUUAUGACUUGUGCACAGUUUGCUAUCACGGGGACAAACAUCACUUGAGGCAUCGUUUUUACAGAAUUACUACACCAGGAAGUGAAAGGGUAUUGUUGGAGUCUCGACGUAAAUCAAAGAAAAUUACAGCAAGAGGAAUCUUUGCAGGUGCCAGGGUGGUGCGAGGAGUUGACUGGCAAUGGGAAGAUCAAGAUGGUGGCAAUGGGCGUAGAGGAAAGGUGACUGAAAUCCAAGAUUGGAGUGCGUCGAGUCCACAUAGUGCAGCAUAUGUUCUUUGGGACAAUGGUGCUAAAAACCUUUACAGAGUUGGCUUUGAGGGCAUGUCUGACCUGAAAUGUGUUCAAGAUGCAAAAGGAGGCUCUUUCUACAGAGACCAUUGUCCUGUGCUAGGUGAGCAAAAUGGUAACAGAAACCCUGGUGGACUGCAAAUAGGUGACCUUGUAAACAUUGACCUCGACUUGGAAAUUGUGCAAUCUUUGCAGCAUGGCCAUGGAGGAUGGACUGAUGGCAUGUUUGAAACUUUAACAACAACCGGAACAGUUUGUGGCAUCGAUGAGGACCAUGACAUUGUAGUACAAUAUCCAAGUGGCAACAGGUGGACAUUUAAUCCAGCUGUUCUCACCAAGGCCAACGUUGUCCGAAGUGGAGAUGCUGCUCAAGGUGCAGAAGGAGGUACCUCUCAAUUCCAAGUGGGUGACCUUGUUCAAGUAUGUUACGACCUGGAGCGAAUCAAGCUUCUCCAGAGAGGCCAUGGAGAGUGGGCUGAGGCAAUGCUUCCAACUUUAGGUAAAGUUGGUCGGGUUCAGCAGAUCUAUUCAGACAGUGACUUAAAGGUAGAGGUUUGUGGGACAUCUUGGACCUAUAAUCCAGCAGCUGUCUCAAAGGUGGCAUCAGCAGGAUCUGCUAUAAGUAAUGCAUCUGGUGAGAGAUUGUCCCAGCUAUUGAAAAAAUUAUUUGAAACCCAAGAAUCUGGAGAUCUCAAUGAAGAGUUGGUUAAAGCUGCUGCCAAUGGAGACGUUGCUAAAGUGGAAGACUUGCUAAAGAGGCCAGAUGUAGAUGUGAAUGGGCAAUGUGCUGGACACACAGCUAUGCAAGCUGCAAGCCAGAAUGGCCAUGUCGACAUUUUGAAGUUGCUUCUGAAACAGAACGUGGAUGUAGAAGCAGAGGACAAGGAUGGAGACAGGGCUGUCCAUCAUGCAGCGUUUGGUGACGAGGGCGCUGUGAUCGAGGUUUUGCACCGAGGCAGCGCAGAUUUGAACGCUCGCAACAAGCGCAGGCAGACUCCACUCCAUAUUGCGGUCAACAAAGGUCACCUGCAGGUUGUCAAGACUUUACUGGACUUUGGCUGCCAUCCCAGUCUCCAGGAUUCUGAAGGAGACACUCCACUUCAUGAUGCAAUAAGUAAAAAGCGUGAUGAUAUCCUUGCUGUACUGUUAGAAGCUGGAGCAGAUGUUACUAUCACCAACAACAAUGGGUUUAAUGCUCUUCACCACGCUGCACUGAGAGGAAACCCUAGUGCAAUGCGUGUGUUGUUGUCCAAGUUACCACGACCGUGGAUUGUUGACGAGAAAAAGGAUGAUGGUUACACUGCCUUACAUCUGGCAGCUCUCAAUAAUCAUGUGGAAGUGGCUGAACUUUUGGUGCAUCAGGGCAAUGCUAACCUGGAUAUCCAGAAUGUUAACCAGCAAACUGCUCUGCAUCUUGCUGUUGAACGACAGCAUACACAAAUUGUUAGGCUCCUAGUCCGUGCAGGUGCUAAAUUGGAUAUUCAGGAUAAAGAUGGGGAUACUCCCCUGCAUGAAGCCCUGAGACACCACACCCUGUCACAGCUCCGCCAGCUCCAAGACAUGCAAGAUGUGGGCAAGGUAGAUACUGCUUGGGAGCCAUCAAAGAACACAUUAAUAAUGGGACUUGGCACUCAAGGAGCAGAGAAGAAGAGUGCUGCAUCUAUUGCCUGCUUCCUGGCAGCCAACGGGGCUGACCUUGGCAUUCGUAACAAGAAGGGUCAGUCCCCUCUCGACCUCUGCCCUGAUCCGAGUCUCUGCAAAGCCUUGGCUAAAUGUCACAAAGAAAAAGUCAGUGGCCAGGUUGGUUCCCGAAGUCCGUCUAUGAUCAACAAUGAUUCUGAAACCUUAGAAGAGUGUAUGGUGUGCUCAGACAUGAAGAGAGAUACUCUGUUUGGCCCUUGUGGCCACAUUGCCACGUGUUCUUUGUGCUCACCCCGGGUGAAAAAAUGCCUCAUCUGUAAAGAACAAGUUCAGUCUCGGACAAAGAUUGAAGAAUGCGUAGUGUGUUCAGACAAAAAGGCAGCAGUGCUCUUCCAGCCUUGUGGUCAUAUGUGUGCCUGUGAGAAUUGUGCAAGCUUGAUGAAGAAAUGUGUACAGUGUCGGGCAGUGGUUGAGCGAAGAGUGCCUUUCAUAAUGUGCUGCGGAGGGAAAGGUACAGAAGAUACCAGUGAUGAUAUUUCAAGUGGAAACAUUCCAGUUUUGCAGAAAGACAAAGACAACACUAAUGUCAAUGCAGAUGUACAGAAGCUGCAGCAACAGUUGCAAGACAUCAAGGAACAGACUAUGUGUCCUGUCUGUCUGGACCGCCUGAAGAACAUGAUCUUUCUGUGUGGCCAUGGAACGUGUCAGCUUUGUGGAGACCGAAUGAGCGAGUGCCCCAUAUGCCGCAAGGCAAUCGAACGGAGGAUCCUUUUGUAUUAAACAGGGCCAGUGUCUUUUACUAGGUUGUGCAAGAGUAAGGACAUGUUGAUGGAUUAAAUCUCUGUAAGUUUGAAAGGCAGUAAAGGGUUCUAAUGGAAACAUUUCUAAUACUGUAGCACAGGUUCAUUACAUAGUAAUUGUUUAAAGACUCUGAAUGCACCAAAUAAAAGAAACAGUAUUUGAACAGUCAGCUUGUAGCUUUACUCUUAAAAAACAUCUAAGCCUACUGCUAAUUUAAAGCAGUCUUUUUUUCAUUUUCUUUCUGUCUUCUUCUUCCCCUUAAAGUUUAAAGGGACAAUCUUAUUUUGGUUUUGUUCAUGUGUAUCAUGUAUGUAUCAGAUGUCAAGUGAUGUGAGGGAAUUUUUUUUUAUAUUGUCAGUUACUACCAAACAUAAAUAUUUAGGAUUUUUUUCGCUUUAGGCUUUUCUGGAGAGUGUCAACAUUUCCUGUGACAUUUCUGAUUGACAGUAAUUUCUGUCUUGAAAUACACAGUCAUGAAAAAUCUAUACAAAAUAUAUACAUAGUAGUAAUAAAUAUACUAUUCCCAUAAGGUCAGGCCUCAGAAUACAAUGUUAAGGUAAUUCUGACUUUAUCAUGCCCUUUGUUCCUGAGGAUGGGUUGUAUAGGAAACAGGAAAAGGAAAAAUCUGUUUUAGAAACAUUAUGUUUCCAAAACUGCACUUUAGUCUAACAGGUUCGAGCUAAGUAACUUAAAUAGUGAGUUCCACAAUUCUCCUAAUUACUUGACUUUGCAUGGAAUUGCUUUUAACUUGAGUGGAAAGGAGGACAUUUGAGCAGUGGGUCAGUUAUCCCUUUCAGAUGAGUGAAUUUGAUCAGUUGUGGAGAAACUUACACAUGUGGAGCCAUUUAAAAAUUGUGGGUCUGUGAAUUCGGAAAAAACCAAGAUUCUGCAAGAUUUUCUUUCAAAGUGAGUUUUAUUGUCUCCAGGCAAACAGUGUCAACAGCAAAAGAGAAUACUUAAUAUUGAUUAUUCAUCUAAGUGGGGUGUUAACACCAGAACUUAUCUGUGAGCAUUACUGAGUAAUACUGCAAAUGAAGAUAUUGCUGACAGAACAGUGAAUUUUGUGAGCUGUGCCUAGUUGAGCUGAAUCUGGCUGAAGGAGUUUGCUGUCACUGAUGUGAUAAAAAACUGCUCCUGACCCCCAAAAUAAAUGCUAUUGUCAGGGACUGCAAACUAUUAACAUUUUUAAAACAAAAGCAUCCUUUCAUCCUUUUUUGUGGUAGAAAAUAGCUGAUUUAAGGAUCUCUUGUAGCUAAAAGGAAUCUGUGCUUACUCCUAAGUGAUUCAACAGUUUUCUGAGUGCAUAGUUCACAUAGCCCUUUGCCAUUGUGCAGACUUCAUUUGGAUGUGCUCUUGCAGAACAAUAAAGACAUCCAUGCUGGAGUCACUUAGGUGCCUUACUAGCAGCUAAGAUGAAUUUAUCAUUGAAUUCUCAUUGCAUAUGUCAGAAAUGUGGACAAAAGGAUAGUUCAGGGAAAGAUCCAAGUAAAGAUAAAGAUGCAAUUGUGGUCUUCUCAGAUAAAUCAGUCUGUCUUCUGAAGCUUAUGUUGAUAUGCCUCAAGUGUGCAAACAAUGGCAAAUGCCUCAGAAGACUAUUACUAGUAAACUGUAAAGAUAGAUAAACCUUUAAGCAAUAAGAUUAAACACUGAAUAAAGUUUUCCAGGAAACAAGUACAGUGAUAUAUUGGAAAAGUGUAUGUAGAGUGGCUUUUAACACCAUGAAGUGAUGUAAUACACAGCCUUACAAUAGCCAUCUUUAAUCCUCAUCCAGCAUUCCAAAUGUUCCUCAUUAUUUUCAGUGUUUUUUCAUUGGACACAAUCACAUCUGGAGUCACUGUAGUAGUCUGUUUUAUUUUGUGUACUAGUGGUCAUCUGUUCUCAGAUAAUCUGCAUCUGUAUUCUUGGCCAAAUGAAGCAGCCUUCCCUUUUUUUUCUUCUUGGUUCUUAUUCUAAAAUAUCAAGAUUUCAAGGAGUUCUGGAAAGUUUUUGAUGUAAGGCCUUUUUUCAGUUCAGCAUUUUGCUAUCUCCACUUGAACUCCACAUGCAUCUGAGUGUUCAUUGCAAUUUUCAUUUGGCCAAUAUGCACAUCACUAAGGUUUUCGGUUUGGUUUUUUGGGGUUUUUUUGGGAGCAUUUUUUACAGCUGAAUUUUCUAUAGUAGGCUUCAGUUUCUUGUCAGGCUUCUCCUGGAAAUACUUCUGUAGUAGAGUGUGCCAUUUGAUGAUCCAUUUUGAGUUUUAGCCUGUCACUCGUCAGAUUUGUACCUUGGUUUCCUCUGUCUCUGGCAUACAUAUUUUGUCCUCUUAAUUCCUCAAGGGGACCUCUGCAAACUUGUCAGCACAGAUGCAGGGUGGAUCUCUUCUUGAUAAUGCAACUCAAAACUGAAACCUCAGUAUGGCAGUUUGCAUUUUCCUAAUUCUUUUUUGCUGGAACAAGCCAGAGUUACUUGAAAGUAUUCCAACUUAGCAUCAGUUGAAUAAUUCAGCUGAGUUAGAACAGAUCUGAAGCAUCCUGAGUAGGAAACUGGAGUUGAGUGUUAAGUAUUCCUAGUCUGCAGGAGGCACAUACUUGUAGCAUAGGUAGGUAAAUGCUGUAUUAGGCUUGUCCUUUCGAACAGAGAAGAUGUAAAUUACUGUUUAACACCCUCACUACUUGAAUACCAUCACAGUCCUAUGGAAACAGAGACAGCGACUGAAGGUACUGCUGUAGAAGCAGCUUUAGUCUCCUGUACUGCAAUCACAGUAGAUUUAUGUGACUGCAUAGGAGUUUGUGAUUGGACUCAUUCAGCAGUGUUGUGUGCCAGUUGAAAUUGAAAUAUGUCAGUUUGAUGCUAUUUCGGUGCCAAGAAAAACAACGGAAUUAGAAAAACUAGAAAAGCUAACCAAGGUGCUUGAAUUAUUUAUAUAGGUCUCUUAUUGACAGCUGCAAGAGCUGUAUCUUGUCUGGAGUUUGCCUUUCAAAAAACUUAAUGAGAAAAAAUGUUUCCAAAUCCAGUAUCAUUUAUGGAAAUACAUAUUUGUAUUCAGACCCUCUCUUUUCCUACAGAUGUAGAAGGUGAACUAGUGUUGAGGAACCCAGUAAGCUCAUUCACUUAAUUCUGUUGUUACCUGUGCAAUCUGCACAGAUUGCAGAUGUUUAAUUGGAUAGAACAUAUUUGAAGGAUGAGAAUUUCACUUGAAAGCCAAAGGGGAUCAUAACAAGUAGUAGAGUUGAGGAAAUACCACUGUGCAUCUGUCUGCAGCAGAAGAUUAAAGUCUAAAUUUCACCUGAGUGAAGUGAAAAUUAGAAAAAUCAGUAAGGUGUCUAUCUCCAAUUUACUGUAAAAUCAUAGAAUGUAAGGGUUGUAAGGUUUGUUACAUCUAUCCCCCAGCAUUUAAUAGCAAUUUUGAAAUUAAAUGGAUUGAAAUAUCUCCAUUCGUUUCUUGAAACAAGUAACAAUACACCUAAAAGUUGUUCAGUGUGAGGUAUGCUCAGAUGUUUAGGUAAAAUACUUCCUUUUCCAUUCAUUAAGAGACAUAAACAGUCAUAUCACUACACAGUGAUUUAAAGUGUAAAGACGACCUAAGAGGUUAACAGAAUAAGCUUAAUAGUUGUGGAUUGUUAACUUUUGUAUAACUAUGUUUGACCUUCCCCCCCCCCCCCCCCCCCCCCAAAACUUGUGUCAUCACUUCCUGUGGCCCAAGCUCAUAUGGUACUUUUCAAAAUCUGGGCUGUUGUUACCUACUUUCCAUUUGCUGGAUUACUGUGUAAAUGUAUGUUGGGGUUUGGAGAAAUCCCUUUUUCCUGAAGUGGAUACUGAAAACUACACUGGUGAGAUAGUAAACAAGUUACUUUGUAAAUGUGAAAGUUUGAUUAGAAGGUGGUGUUCUUAACUUGGACUGGGUGAGGAUAUAGCAGAUUUGCACAAGUACUUGUGCCUUGUUAGCAUAGUCUUACAGUUGGUAUAUUAGCUUCUUUUAAAGGGGUGAAAUGGUCUUUUAAAAAUAAUUAAGUACUUAUUGUGUAGAUAUUUUCUAGAGAUGAAGGGUUAUGUAUGUCUAAUUAUUUUUAGCAGUAUUAAUUGCAGUUAGUGUAAACACUAAAUUGUUUGAAGAAGCUGCUUUCAGCUAGUGAUCUGAGCUUCCUCCACAAAACUAAUUGUCAGAAAUUUAAUUUUACUCUUCCAGUAGCAGCCGGUGAACUGAAGAACCUAUCCUGUUCUUUGUGCUGCAAGGGUCAAGUUUUCACUUAAAAAACCAAACCCCAACAACACUACAGUCUAACCUUUAGCAGUGCUACCUCCUUUCUGUCAAAGUGCUGAAUUCUUCUCUAGCUGUUCUUUGUCUUUGGGAAGGGAUGGGGAAUGCAUCAGUUUUCUUUUGCUUCAUCAGUUUUGAUGUCUGAAUACAUUGGGAAGGUUUUUUACUCUAUAAAUUUACUGUGUAAAUUGCAUACAACAGCAGUGUGAUUUGCCACAAAGUACAUUGUAUACCUGUCUUGUAUAAGUUGCUGGAAUUCAUACUGUUGUCUUUUUGUGCAUUUCAUAACUUGUUUGUGUUGACAAAGCUAAACUGUUGUCUGCAGAAGCUUUAGUAUGUGCCAUUUUUAUAGCUAAGCCUGUGGUAAAUACACAAGUUCUCACUCAGGGCUUUUUAACAACUUAAACACGUUCACAAUAUUCUUCAGCACAUCUUGGAGAAUACUAGAGAUUUAAUGACUGCACAGUGCCUUGAUAGAACUAUUGAAUGGGCAGCAGCCAUAGGGUCUUCACAGAAUGCAAGUAUCUUUCGAAUCCAGUUAAUGAGUUGAUGUUAAUAUAAUUGUAAUGUUCCUGCCAUGGAUUUAUAAACUUGUAUAUACUUUCUGUAAAGGAAAAUUGGCAAAUUUAGGUAUUGUUAAGCUUUCUGAAAGCUGUUUAAUUGUUGCACUGGUCAUGAGGGUCUGAAGGGCGUAAUAUUCAAAUUUACAGAAGCAGCUUUUGUGUCAAAGACAGCUGAGAAAAUUUUCUGUAUGUGACAUUUUUAGUGUGAGGGAGAGGUCUUUGUAUAAACAUGUAAAAGUACCUGCUUUACUCUGAUCUAGUAGAUCUUUUGUAAGUGAGAGAGAAACAACCAACAACAAAUCAGUAUGUUUGUAUGCCAUUUCAUAGUUAAAAAACUUUGUCUCAUUUUGAGCUUCUAGGAAAUACUUAAUUUGUCCCAAGUAGUGUCUUUGUGAAUGCAAAUUAUUCAUGUUAGAAAACAGGUUUUACUGAAUCACACGAACAUUUUUGCUUUUGUUAAAACUAACUUUGUAUUUUCAGUAAACCGUAGAUUUUGACAUGACUGUUUAUUGGAGCAAUUUAAGGUUGCCUGUGUGAAUGUGGUGUAUUUCUGUAUGCAGAUAGCAUUAUAUAAUUGCUUACUUUAAAACUGCUUAGGACAGCCUAAGCUUUUCAAGGGAAAUGCUGAUGUACUGUAUAGUUAGUAAACUGACUUUUUCAAGAGCUUUGAUUUAAAAGUAUACUUGGACUGAAUUAAUACUGAUUUUUUGCACACAACAUUGGAAAAAGGGUAGUGGCUCAUUCGUCUUCCUCCUUCUUAGUUGUAAUGAUGUUAGAUGUCAUCGUGAAAUUAGAAAAUUGUAUACCUGAAAAAAUAUUUGCAAACUCCGUUACUUGUUGGCAUGCAAUGUUUAAAAGUGCACCAGACUUUUUUGAGAAAGUUUGCAGUCCCAAGUUCUUAAAAAACCUGGUUCUUUUAUGAUAUGUUCCUGAAGAAUGAGUUUGUGGAAGCAUCAGAAGUGCUAUGUGCCUUUGAAUCUCCAAGGUACUCAAACUUUGUUAAAGCAGCACAGUAGAAGUUCGAAGGGUGGAUUAUGUUUUAACAACAAAAAGGUUGAUUUAAAAUGAUAUCUGUAUUAUGUGCAAGUUUUCCUGUAAAUAUGCAGUUCAUAGUACUGUUCUACUGACCAGAGUUGCUGUUUAAGUGUACGUUAGACUCUGUUUACUUGUAAUUGAAUGGCCUUUACAGAUCUGGCUACAUGAAUGUGAUCAUUUAAACAUCUCCUGCCAGAUACAGUAACUUCCAUAUUCUGAGACAACAGAUGCUGCAUCAUAGUUUGUACUUUUAGGAUUCAAUUUAAUUGAUGCAUUUGUACAAAAAAAAAAAAAAAGUCUAUGUAAUCAAAGGCAACAAAACCAACCAGUCUUAUAUGGCUUAGUGUUUUUGUCUUAGUGUACAGGUGAAAAAAGGAACUGACAGAAUAAAAAAUUUGUUGCUCUC